CGCCGCCUCCGCCUCCGCCGGCCCCCGGAAGGUCAUCAUUACCAAAUGAGGAGGAAAGGACGAUGCCCUCGAGUCACGGCAGCGAGGCCCAACUCUUCCCCGUGCGGAAUUAACCCGUCCCCGACCCGCGAGACGCUGACCUACGCCCAGGCCCAGAGGAUGGUGGAGAUCGAGAUCGAAGGGCGCCUGCACCGGAUCGGCAUCUUCGACCCGCUGGAGGUCAUCCUGGAAGAUGACCUGACGGCCCAGGAGCUGAGCGAGUGCAACAGCAACAAGGAGAACAGCGAGCGGCCGCCCGUCUGUCCCCGGGCCAAGCGGCACAAGCACAGCAAGGCCAAGCGCAAGAGCGAGGCCCCGCCCCCCGCCCCGGGGCCGGGGGGUCCGGCGGGCCCCCUCCCGGAGCCCAAGGUGCGCCUGGUGGAGUACAGCCCCCCGUCGGCCCCGCGGCGGCCCCCGCUCUACUACCGCUUCGUGGAGAAGUCGGCGGAGGAGCUGGACCGCGAGGUGGAGUACGACAUGGACGAGGAGGACUACGCCUGGCUGGAGCUGGUCAACGCCAAGCGCAAGAGCGCCGGGGCCUCGGUGGUCUCCCAGAACAUGUUCGAGUUCCUCAUGGACCGCUUCGAGAAGGAGUCGUACUGCGAGGACCGCAAGCAGGGCGACCCGCCGCCCCUGAUCGACGAGGACGCCGUCUGCUGCAUCUGCAUGGACGGCGAGUGCCAGAACAGCAACGUCAUCCUCUUCUGCGACCUGUGCAACCUGGCGGUCCACCAGGAGUGCUACGGGGUCCCCUACAUCCCCGAGGGCCAGUGGCUCUGCCGCCACUGCCUGCAGGCCCGGGCCCGGCCCGCCGACUGCGUCCUCUGCCCCAACCGGGGCGGGGCCUUCAAGAAGACGGACGACGACCGCUGGGGCCACGUGGUCUGCGCCCUGUGGAUCCCCGAGGUGGGCUUCGCCAACACGGUCUUCAUCGAGCCCAUCGACGGCGUGCGGAACAUCCCGCCGGCCCGCUGGAAGCUCACCUGUUACCUCUGCAAGCAGAAGGGCGUCGGGGCCUGCAUCCAGUGCCACCGGGCCAACUGUUACACGGCCUUCCACGUCACCUGCGCCCAGAAGGCCGGCCUCUACAUGAAGAUGGAGCCCGUCAAGGAGCUGACGGGCGGCGGCGGGGCCACCUUCUCCGUCAAGAAGACGGCUUACUGCGACGCCCACACCCCGCCCGGCUGCCCCCGCCGGCCCCUCAACAUCUACGGCGAGGCCCAGGGCAAGAACGGCCUCUGCCGCCGGGACGGGGCGGCCGGGGCCGGCCAGGCGGCCCGCUCCGCCUCCAGGGUCCGUAAGAGGGCCAAGAAGGCCAAGAGGGCCGCCGCCGCCGCCGCCGCCGCCGAGCCCCGCGCCGCCUUGCCGGCCGUGUCGGCGCCCAACAUCCCCCCUCAGAGAUUAAAUAAAAUUAUGAAUCAGGUGGCCAUUCAGCGGAAGAAGCAGUUUGUUGAGCGAGUGCACAGUUACUGGUUACUAAAAAGACUGUCUAGAAAUGGCGUCCCCCUGUUGAGGAGACUGCAGUCCAGCUCACAGUCCCAAAGAAACUCUCAGCAGAGGGAAGAUGAUGAAGAAAUCCAAGCCUUAAAGGAGAAGUUGAAGUAUUGGCAGAGACUCCGCCAUGACCUCGAGAGAGCUCGCUUGUUGAUUGAACUCAUUCGGAAACGGGAAAAGUUAAAGCGGGAGCAGGUUAAGGUGGAGCAACUGGCCAUGGAGCUGCAGCUAACCCCGUUCACCGUCCUUCUGCGGGCCGUCCUCGACCAGCUGCAAGAGAAAGAUUCCGCUCACAUAUUUGCCCAGCCGGUGAACCUGAAAGAGGUCCCCGAUUAUUUGGAUCACAUCAAACACCCCAUGGAUUUCUCCACCAUGAGAAAGCGGUUAGAGGCGCAAGGUUAUCGGAACCUCAACGAGUUCGAAGAGGAUUUCAAUCUCAUCAUCGAUAACUGUAUGAAGUACAACGCCAAGGACACGCUGUUCUACCGAGCCGCGGUGCGGUUGCGGGAUCAGGGGGGCGUGGUCCUGAGGCAGACCAGGCGCGAUGCCGACGGCAUCGGUUUCGAUAAUCAGACCGGAACACACUUAGCUGAGCGGCCCAAAGCGGAGCCCCCUCGGCCUUUCUCGUGGGAGGACGUGGAUCGGUUACUGAAUCCCGCCAACAGAGCGCACAUGACCUUAGAGGAACAGCUAAGAGAAUUGUUGGAGAAACUGGAUCUCACCUGCUCAAUGAAGUCCAGUGGAUCGAGAAGUAAACGGGCAAAGCUGUUAAAAAAAGAAAUCGCCGUUAUCCGUAACAAGCUAAGCCUACAACACAACCAGACUCCUCAGAUAGAAUCAGGUAUCGGAAGCUUCGAAGAGGAAAGCACCUCCUUAGAACCCGAAGGUGAAGAAGAAGGAGAUAAAUCUCCCCCUAAACUUGAACCACCAGAUGCCUCACCUCUUCCUUCAAACUCAGAGACUAAUUCAGAACCACCAACCCUCAAACCAGUAGAACUCAAUCCAGAGCAGAGUAAACUAUUCAAAAGAGUAACAUUUGAUAAUGAAUUAUAUAGCACUUCCAUUCUGAAAGAAAUGGUUAAUGGACACCCUCCAGAACCCAUUCUGGACAGUAAUCUCAAUGAGUCGGCAGUUUCUGCAGGCGCUGAGUCAUCAAGGGAUGUAAACAGACGUACAUCUGUUCUCUUCUGCAAAUCGAAAAGUGUAAGCCCCCCAAAGUCUGCCAAGAACUCUGAAACCCAGCCAACUUCUCCACAGCUAGGGACCAAAACCUUUUUGUCUGUAGUCCUUCCAAGGUUGGAGACACUUCUGCAGCCACGGAAAAGGUCAAGGAGUGCUUGUGGAGAUGCUGAAGUGGAUGAUGACUCGCCCGGAAAACGCCUGGAUACAGGUCUAUCGAAUGGGUUUGGAGGGGGCGGGAGAGACCAAGAAUUAGAUGAGGCCCCCGGAAGAAAAGUUGAACCCCGUCGCCGCUGUGCAUCCGAAUCGAGUAUAUCCUCAAGCAAUAGCCUGCUCUGCAACUCCAGCUUUAACCUGCCAAAGUGCGGCAAGGGCAAGCCCGCCCUAAUACGGAGACACACGUUGGAAGAUCGAAGCGAGUUGAUAUCGUGCAUCGAGAACGGAAACUACGCAAAAGCGGCGAGGAUCGCAGCAGAAGUCGGGCAGAACAGCAUGUGGAUCUCGACGGAUGCUGCCGCUUCAGUGCUCGAGCCUCUCAAAGUGGUGUGGGCCAAGUGCAGCGGCUACCCCUCCUACCCCGCUCUGAUCAUUGACCCCAAAAUGCCUCGAAUCGCCGGUCACCACAACGGGGUCACGAUACCAGUCCCUCCCCUGGAUGUCUUAAAAAUCGGAGAACAAAUGCAGACCAAAUCUGAUGAGAAGCUUUUUUUAGUUUUGUUUUUUGACAACAAAAGGAGUUGGCAAUGGCUUCCAAAGUCCAAAAUGGUCCCCCUGGGGGUCGAUGAGACGAUCGACAAGUUAAAAAUGAUGGAGGGGCGGAACUCCAGCAUCCGGAAAGCCGUGAGGGUGGCUUUCGAUCGGGCUAUGAACCACCUGAACAGAGUCCACGGGGAGCCCGUCAGCGACUUCAGCGACGUCGACUGAGACCGCUGGCCGGCUGGCCGGCCGGCCGGACGGAUGGACGGACGGACCCGGGGAGGGCGGCGCUCCGCAUCCUCCCCCUCACCACCGCUGGGCAAGAACGGACGGA